CCUUACAUGACGUAUCCUCCCAUGAAUUUCCCCUUUCCCUCUCCAGCACAUCUGUACGGUCAGUCUUCAUCGCAUCCUGCAAAUAUUCUUCCGAACUUGGGGUUCCCCCUCCCCGACGUCCAAUUCGCGUCAAAUGACGAGAUUCUCCGUGCAUUGCAAGAGCUUGACAUGUCCAAACUUGCCGGGGUA